UGAUAAUGGCACAAUCCGUAUCCCGUGAAGGACCUCAACGGUUAGGAAGAGAUCUUUUUGCAGGUGCCACUGCGGCAGUCACUGCUGUAGCAGUAUUGCAUCCUAUAGAUACUUUGAAAACAAAAAUACACCUAGAACGAGGAAAUAGGAAAGAAAUCAGGAGACUUGCUGCUCUAGUUCUGAGCUGUCGUGGAAUAAGUCAAUUAUACAAAGGUUUUCAUAUCAUAGUAUUAGGAAGUGCUUUUGCUUCUGCUGUUAGAUUAGCAUUUUUCGAGCACUUGAAGCGUCAUUUUGUUGCGGAGUUGAAAGAGGAGAAACGUACUUUUGGCUAUACUGCGUGCUCUUGUUUCGCAGGUCUGGCCAGUUCUCUCAUAUACGUCCCUUUUGAAUCUGUUAAACAAAGGGUUCAAUCGGGAUUGUAUUCAAGUGCGAUACAUUGUAUUCGAGAUGGUUGGCGCCAAAGAGGCUUUCGUUCCUUUUAUCUAGGUUGGACAGCAACUCUUGUGAGAGAUUUGCCUUUUACAGUAAUUGAAUUGACACUUUACGAAUGUUUCAAAGAUUUGUUGCGUCGAAAGAGGAACCAGGAGCAUUCUGCCAUGUCCCAAUUUUCGCCUCUGGAAAGUAUGUUGAUAGGUUGUUUAGCUGCAAGUAUUGGAGGUUUUCUGACUUGUCCUUUGGAUGUUGUGAAAACCAGAGUGAUGACUUCACCUUUUGGUCGUGAUGGAGUUCCUUUAAGGAAUAUUCAUUGGGUGAUAUUGGAUAUGACUAAGAAGGAGGGCAUAUCUGGUUUCUUUCGUGGAGUGUUGCCUCGUGUUGUGCAGUUAGGACUGAUGGGUUCUUUAUUCUUUACAACUUUUGAAACUUGUAAGAAUGGAUGGGAUAAGCACAGUUAAAAGUUCCUUGUCCAUCAACGUGCAUUUGGGGGGAAUUGAUGACUUUUGUAGUUCAACUAUUACUUGCGUUUGUUGCAGGUUAUUUUUUAGGAGAACGUGGAAAAAAGAAAAAGUGUCCAAAAUAUAGCUGGAUUCCUCCUACCUUGAACCAUCUUUCAGAACUUCCAGCUGCCUCUAGUGGCGCUGGUGCAGUGAAGACUUGUAAAGAAAACUGUAAAUUGGUUCUUUGCGUUCGUUCCGUAAGCUUAAAUAGGAAUAAAUAGUUUUCAGCUCAU